GAAAAAGCAACCCUGUCCAUAUCUAUACAUAGUUAAGCAACAUUCGCGCUACUGAAACCAACUCACGCAUGCAAUAAUUUAUUUUUCCGAUCCAAUCCCAUAUCUGAUUCCGUAUCUAGAUGGCCGCUCUCUCCGAUCGCCGUCGCGUACUCCCGGCGGUGGACGGUGUCGACACCCACUCUCUGGCUGAGUCCAUUCCUAACAACCACCUUGAGAAGCACCGGCGAGUCGCCGGAAAAAACGGCCACCGGCAUCGCCCUGCUCGGCAAAGCUCUUUCAGGAAAGAUAUUGGUCAUGUCGCCUCGGAGACCUACUUGAUUACACGUCUCGCCUUCACGCUUCUUCGGUAUCUCGGGAUUGGUUCCCGUUGGAUUACAAAAUUACUUGCCCUUGGAUGUUAUGCCAUGCUACUUAUGCCUGGUUUCCUACAAGUUGCAUAUUAUUAUUACUUCUCAAGCAAGGUAAAGCGAAGCAUUGUUUAUGGAGAUCAGCCUAGAAACAGGUUGGAUCUGUAUCUACCUGCUGAUAUCAGUGAACCUAAGCCAGUUUUGAUAUUUGUAACUGGGGGAGCAUGGAUUAUUGGGUAUAAAGCAUGGGGCUCACUUUUAGGACUACAGUUGGCAGAAAGAGACAUUAUGGUGGCAUGCAUUGAUUACAGAAAUUUUCCUCAAGGAACUAUCAGUGACAUGGUGAAUGAUACUUCUCAGGGAAUUUCCUUCGUCAUCAACAACAUAGCCAAUUAUGGAGGCGACCCUGAUAGGAUUUAUCUAAUGGGGCAAUCUGCCGGUGCUCAUAUUUCUUCUUGUGCUUUGCUGGACCAAGCAACCAGAGAAUCUAGAAAAGGAGAUAGUGUUUCUUGGAGCAUUUCCCAGAUAAAAGCUUAUUUUGGUUUAUCUGGAGGAUACAACUUGUUGGAUUUAGUUGAUCACUUCCACAAUCGAGGCUUGUAUCGUUCCAUCUUUUUAAGCGUAAUGGAAGGUGAACAAUCUUUGAAGAAAUUUUCUCCUGAAAUCAAAAUUCAAGAUCCAUGCAUCAAAUGUUCAAUUCCUCUCUUGCCCCCUAUAAUUUUAUUCCAUGGGACUGCAGAUUAUUCCAUACCAUCAGUUGCCAGUGAACGGUUUGCUGAUGCUCUUAAGAAGGCAGGGGCAAGAGCUGAGCUUAUUCUGUAUGAUGGGAAAACUCAUACAGAUUUGUUUCUCCAAGAUCCACUUCGAGGUGGUAAAGAUGACCUAUUUGAUCAUGUAGUUGGUAUCAUACAUCCCAAUGACAGUGAUGCUCUUGCAAAGGACGGCACUGCACCCACAAGAAGACGGCUUGUUCCUGAGAUUUUAUUAAAGUUGGCUCGCAUGAUCAGUCCCUUCUAAGCUUUGCAACUGUCAGGGUUCUCAUCAUCAAUUGGCCUUCACUUGUUCAUAUAGUAUUUAUUGUAUUUCUCAUUCAUGAACUUCUCCUCUGGCUAUAGUAUGCAUAUACCUCAAACUCUUCAUUCAUUGAGUCACAUAGUUCUUAGGAGAAAUAGAUUGAGGUUACUUAAAAAUUUAGAUCCUAUCAAAAUGCGAGGUGUUACCUAGGUCUUCAUGUUACAUUCACUUUUAUGUAUUGAAUAGGUUGAGGUUCCUUAUAAAUUUAAAUCCUGUAAGAAUUGAGGUGUUACAGAUCUUGAUGUUACAUUAACUUCAUAUAUUAAAUUUGAUUAUUC